CGGCCCCGGGGCUUCCGCGGGAGCGGCUUGGCUGCCGUGCGUCGGGAGGGCCUUUCCUGGGCGCCCCCGCCCCGCCGAAGUCUCCGGGGGCUCCGCCUCCUCGCAGCGGGGGGGGGGGGGGGGCCGGGCCGGCCAACUUCUCCGGGCGGGCGGGCGGGCGGGUCUGCGGGCAGAAGGCGGGAAGCCUCGGGCGGCGGCGGCGGCGUGGUCGUCCCCGGGUGGUGGCGCGGCCGGGCUUGGCGGGGCGAUGGCCGCCCUGGUGGUGCCGGCGCCGGGCCUGCAGAUCCGCUCGCGCUCCGUGGAGCAGACGCUGGUGCCGCUCGUGGCCCAGGAAAGUUCUGUUGGUUUAUGAAAAUAUCAUGGAGUGGCUGUGCAGAUCUAAGCCAGCUGGAGCAACUUGCAAAGGAUUGCAUUGUGAUUGAUCCAAGAAUAGGUCAGAUCACCACUCUCAUCAACCACAAGGACAAACCAAAGCGGUCUGACAAGACUCUGAGAGUGAUCCAGCAAGUGGGCCAAUCUGUAAACCUGGCGGUUGGGAGAUUCGUGGCAGUGGGUGAAGCGAUUGCCCAUGAAAACCAGGAGCUGACAGAGGAGAUGAGUGUUGCUUGCAGUGAUGCAAAGCGAGCAGGGGAGACGAUUGCUCAUCUUACGGAUACAGCAGCCUUGGAUCAUCCGGAAUCUGAUAACCAGAUAACCAUUUUUACGGACAAAACUGGAGUAGUUAAAGCUGCCCGAUUGCUGCUUUCUUCAGUGACUAAAGUGUUGGUCCUGGCUGACCGAAUAGUGAUUAAGCAGAUUAUAACUUCUAAAAACAAGGUCCUUUUAACAAUGGAACAGCUAGAGAAAGUGACUACUUUUCAGGAAUUUGUGCAAAUAUUCAGUCAGUUUGGAAAUGAAAUGGUGGAAUUUGCCCAUUUAACUGGAGAUCGACAAAAUGACCUGAAGGAUGAAAAGAAAAAGGCUAAAAUGGCAGCUGCUCGUGCCAUUCUGGAGAAAUGCACCAUGAUGCUUCUUACCGCUUCCAAGACCUGUCUGAGGCAUCCCGACUGUGAAUCCGCCCGCAUCAACAAAGGAGCCGUCUUUCACAGAAUGAGACUCACCUUGGAGCAAGUAAUAGAGAUUGUCACAGAUGCUCGUCCCAACGGAGAGCAUGAACCUGGGCCCGUGAGCAUCUACACUGGCAUCAAGGAGUUCAAGAGUAAAGUGGAAAGUCUGCGCGACGGCCUUUACCUUCUGUCGAAAGAGAGUCUCCGGGCCAUGCUGCGGGUCAUCCUGGAGCACACAGAAGAUUUCACCGACUCUGCGUACACCAGCCACGAGAACCGAGAGCGUAUUUUGGAGCUGUCCAAGCAUGCCAAGGUGGAGCUGGAGCAGCUGCUGUCGGCGUGGACGUCUGCUCAAAGUCAGAAGAAGAGGGAAGUCACAGAGGACAUGGAGGUGGCCCUGCUGAAAAUGUGUCAGUGCAUGAACGAGCUUCAGAAAGAACUCCACAGUGCAGCCACUUCUGUUGCCACAGACCUGCUGAAAUAUCAUUCGGAUCACUUGGUCUUGAAAGCACUGAAAGCCUCCGGAGGGGAAGGAGACAUCGAAGCUGCCGCAGAGCACAGCUGCCAGCUCUCUGAGCAGAAGGAACAGUUGCUUGAAAUAUGUCGUUUAUUGAGACAUGUUUCUGGAACAGAGCCACUUGAAAUCACCUGUCUACAUGCAGAAGACACUUUCCAGGUGACUGGGCCUCAGAUAAUAUCUGCAGCAGAAACCCUGACGCUCCAUCCUUCCAGUAAGAUUGCAAAGGAGAACCUGGAGGUGUUCUGUGAGGCUUGGGAGUCCCAGUUGAGCGACAUGUCCCUGCUGUUACGGGAAAUCGGUGAUGUUGUGGAAGGAAGACGAGGAGAGAAGCGUACCUACCUGUCUCUGCCCAGGCCAGGGAAGCAUAAUUCAAAUUUGAAAGGCUUAAAGCCAGUCCGACUUGAUAGUGAGGAACAAGCAAAACUGGGGAAAUCAGGCUUCGAACUGCGUGAGCUGACCUCCUGUGUCAACUCUGAGAUGGAGAAAUGGGAUGACCCAGAAAAUGAGAUUGUGCAGCACGGGCGGUGCUUAUCCGGCAUGGCCUAUUCUAUGUACUUAUUUACAAGAGGGGAGGGGCUUCUCAAAACCACCCAGGAUUUGUUUCAACAAGCAGAGGCCUUCGCUACGGAAGGGUUAAAGCUCAUUUCAGCCCUCCUGGCAUUUUCUAAUCAGUUAGAGGAUGACGACAAACCGUUGCUUCUGCAGGAGAUUGAAAAGAUGGUCCCUGCGUAUCAGCAGCUUCAGAUAACAGCUAAAGCCCCCAUUCAGAGCAGAUCAGCAACUGUGGCCAAGGUGGAUACGUGUAUUCAAGAAGCCAAGCAUAUUCUGAAUAUCCUGGUCCAAGUUUUGCCACUAAGCUGCAAGUUACUGAGAAAAGUGAGUGGACGUGUAUAUAAAUGCGACAAGAUGUACCAAUUUCUGGUGGAGAGACCACUUUGACUUUGUUGCAGCACAGAGCAGGAAAUGGCUACCUUAGGGGGCCUCGUCCUUGGAGAGAAAACCGCUUCCAUGCCACCAUGAAAGACCUCAGCAAGCUGGCAGGAAAAAUGGACUUCCUUGGAAUCAAAGCCCUGAAACAACAUGUAGCAAACCUCACAUUUUCGGAGCACAAACACUUCCGAGUCCUUUAUUUGGCAAUUAAGCGAUUUCUGUGCAGGAGCUACUCCCCUGCUGAACCCCUCCUCCUCCUGGCUUUCUUUUGAGGAAAGUGAAUUCAGGUUAGGAAGAAGAUCUUGUAACCUUUUCACAUCUGAUAGAUGUCGUGGGACUUGGCAGUUAACCACAACAACAGUCAGCUUUUAAUAACUGCAUAUUUUUGUAACGUGAAUCUAUUUUUGUUUGCUUAAUAAUACUAUUUUUGUAAUUAGGUACAUUUGUGAAGGUCUUGCUGCUCUACCCCCAAGAUGCUGCUGCGGAGACUCAUGCGCAGGAACUGGGUGCUCUUUGGACGUGCUCUGCAGGAAGGGUCUUUGGUCACUCGCCUAAACCCCAGAACCUGUCCGCUUUUGCUGGCAUUCACGGCCUGCCUCAGACUGGCACGACAGCCCAUCUGCAGGUGGGCCACUGGGGUGGGACGGCGGGGGGCAGGCAAGAUCUCCUUGGGACAGGGGUUCUUCUGGAGCCACUAGCUCAUUGCAAGAAAGCUUUAACGAGGGUAUUCUAGACAUUUUCCUUUCACAAAUAGAUUUGUGAGGUUCUUGAAGCUAAAAAUGAAAAUUGUUAGUAGUGUCGAAUGAAGCCAGUUGUGCAAACCUCACAUUUUCUUAGUAGCAUUUUCACAGUAUGACCCAAGCCCAGUGAAUCCAAAGCAAGCCCAUGUGACGGGUGCUUCGGAUCACAGCUUUAGAAACUGUAGCAUCACGAAGAUAGUUCAGACUCCCUUGGAAUAGUUGCUUGGAUAGGUUAGGUCCAGAAUUUCACUGUUACGGUUCCAGCAUCAUCUCUCAGCAGCUCAAUGGCUCAGCAGAUUGUCUGUGUGGUUGCCAAACUCCCUGUACGACCAACAGGAUGGGCUCUAGCAAACAGGGGAGUCGUAUUCUUGCUAGUCUCUAAGAUGUACAGUGGAGGCCCCUUGGAAGCAGUGGGCCCUUAGCCAUUCUCUUCACCUGAUAGAAAAAAACAAGGCUGCCUGCUGAAUGGGCGGACAGGCACUGGGGUGGUUAAGGACCACUUGUUCAACAUUCCCCCUCCCCCAUGGAAAUUUCAUGAGGCCAACAAACAACUGGAAAUUUGGGGUUUGGUCCCACAGAGGUUUCCCCCACCUGGCCUUUGGCUGUACUAAAAUGAUUGAUUGGUUUCCCCCACCCUGGAAGGGGCAUUUUGGGCUGCAGAGAGAGAGACAAGAAGAGUCACAUUCUAGGACUGGAAAAUUUAUGUGGAUGGAAAUUACUGCUGGGUCAAAACCCCACUGUUUGCUAGCAAAUGUCUGUUUCUGCUGGUGGAUAACCACGCAACUUGCUGGAACUAGACAACUUUCAAAAAUUGAGAUCUUCAUGGUAACCAGAUUACCAUGAUAGUUCAUCACUUUUGGACUUCACUUAAAAAAACAAAGCAAAAUAAUGUUAACGCAGGUCUUUAAAAGAAAUGUUUAUUAGCGUCAGAAUCUCCUAGCGUGUAAAGAAGAGGGUAUUUCAGCACUGGCCUCCUGGACUCUGGUGCAGUAUUUUAAGGGCAGGAUCCAGCUGACUCUGAUGGUGGUGCUCAGCCCUGCAUACACUCGCUUAAAAGGGCACUCCCUGAUGUGUGUACGGUUAACAUUCAGCAAAAUGUCAAGCACAUGAAUGUAAUAAAUGGAGGGUUCCUGUA